AACAUCAAAGCCGUGGUUACACGACUACCGCACAUAAUAUGUACAAGAUUACUGUCAACAUACCCAUUUUUAUCAACAUCAUCACAACCAUUUAGAUGGUGUGGCUAGUUUGGGUUUCAGAAUUUCCCUCCAGGGUAUAUCUUUGUUGCCUGUCGUUCUGAUCUCGCUUGCAUUAAACUUCCCGUCCUGUUGUCUUCUCCUCCCGUCGUGGUCGCAUGACACCAACUCGCCCUUCCUACCCACUCCGCUAGAUGUCUCUAUGCGAAAGGUUUUGUAAAAUGACAAUCGUUAGCAGCAAAAACCUUUUUUGUUUUGUUUCGUUUUUUUGUUUUUGUUUUUUGUUUGUUUGUUUGUUUUUUGUUUUUUAUUACAGGCCAGAAAAAGUUGUUGAAUUGUUAUGUCGCCGGGUGCCAGCGUCUGCUGGAAACGAGGAACAGAUCGGCUGUUGCAUGCUUCGCAGAAACACCGAAGACCAAAAUUGCUGGGCAGUUGUAGGGCCGUGUGCCUCCCCUUCUGCUCUCACCAAUUUUCUGGAACUGGCCGCGGUCCUGCAGCCGUUAUCAGGCUAGAGAGGCAUUAAUGCCAUACAAUUCACGCGACCAGAACAAAUCUCGCGAGAAAUUCCCGCGUGCGGCGCUCGAGAAGCGCGUGCGCUCCAAACCAUGCGCGGGCUGGAAAAAAGAACGGUUAGCAUGCGUGAUUGACAGAUCGACAGCGUGGGGGGCGCGGCUGCAUGCAACAGGAGGCGUGGCCAGAACCAUUAUCCAAAUUGCGCUUCCUCCGAUGCCAUUUUCCUAUUGGUUAAUUAUCGUGGCAUCGCGAGCCUGACGUCAGAGAUCGGUGUUGUUCUUUUAGUGAGAAUUUUGUCUGUGAGAAUGGCGCUUAUCCCCCCAGCCGGCGCCUAGCGGGACAGUUGGCACGUGGAGGUGUGUCGCCUGCAACGCCAGGAAGUUCAUUCAUCGAGGAACUGGCCUGGCACCAAACUGUGGCAUGCUGCUUAACGUAGGUUUGGCGAGAGGAAAAGCAGACCAAAGUGGUGUCACCGUAAUAGGUCACAAGUCUUCCCUCUUCAUCGCCAUCGUUUUAGGGAUCCGCGAACAAGUCUCGACAGACGGACCCGCUGCUGUGACACAUAUUAGCUGAGCAGUUUGUGCGUCACUCUGAUAUUUCACUCUUCCUUUUACAAUCUUCAGCUCAUUGCAGGUUGUAAAUAUUUUCAGCUGUGCUCGAACUAGGCCAUUUCUAGGAGAAGUGCUGGCAUCGUGAAGAGUGAUACUAGUGGUGUUACAAAGUAUUUAUAGGUCACAUCGCCUUUCAUACGCCUUUACAAAGUAGAGGCUGGAGUUCAGAAAAAAGAUUUAUGAGUGGCUGGACAUAUGUAUGCUGUGAGAGAAAGAAGAAACAAACAGCGAGUAUAAUUUACAAUCAAACAUAUUCGGUAAACAGUGUCGACUUCAAAAAUGAGUCUAAGUGUGGGAGGAUACUCACAGGGUUAUCCUCACCCAGGACCUAUGACCCACCAUCCUCAUCAUCAUCCACCCCACCCCCACCCGGCAGACUUCUAUUCCCAGUACCCACAUCAGAUGCGUUACAGCGAUCAUCCGGAUCAUGCAGCCGCCGCAGCAGCAGCUGGGUACUUUCCGAACUGGAUGCUGGGACCGGGACAAGAACCUCUUCCCGUCACCAUGGAUGGCGGGUACCCGCUGGGCUCACCGGCGGAGUACACAUCUUUCAUCCAGUACGAGAACGGAAUUCCCGUGCGGUGCAUCAAGCGGCGAGUGACUGCUAACAAGAAGGAGCGCCGCAGGACUCUUAGCAUCAACAACGCCUUCGCCCAGCUGCGGGGCUGUAUCCCCAACGUCCCGUCGGACACUAAACUGUCCAAGAUCAAGACUCUCAGACUGGCCACAUCCUACAUCGCAUAUCUCAUGGACGUUCUGGCAAAGGACGACCCAGAGCUAGCAGAAGGCUUUAAGGCAGAACUCAGCAAAAAACCAUCACACGACAAGGAGAGAGACAAGAGUGAUAAACGUAGAACAGACUCGAGUGAAGAGAAUGGCAGCGACUCGGGAAGUCCAACGCCGGAGAAGAAGAGUAAAGGACGUACAGGCUGGCCGCAACACGUGUGGGCGGCGGAGCUGAAACAGUAGCAAAUGCACGGAGACAGAGCCACACCCUAGACAAACCUCCCUCUCCCCACCAUCCCCAAGCCUGUGAAUUCCUUCAUCCACAUCAGGUGGACGCGUCAGGUAGCGAAGCAGCUUCCAGACCCCAGAGGCAACGAUGCUGACACUGUCAUCACGAGUCCCACAGACACAGAAGUCAUUUUUGGUAGGGAACCGGAGUUUCUCCGGUAUAUCAGACUGUGAGAUAAUGGGCAAUGUUCCUAGUGUGUUUCAAGACUAUAAAGUGUUAUUGUUAUUAUUUGCCCACUGCUUGGUGAUGCUUCCAUUGUGACAUAUCAGACUGUGACAACAUUUCAAGUUGUCACAACAAUAUGAACGCCCUAGAAGGGAAAGGUCAGAAACUGAGGGCCUUUGCCCUUUAGAGCUGACAGGUGUUCAUGCUAGGAUAAUGUGUACUGGAACUUUCUACAAACAGCACUCACCUGUAUCCGUGUUCUUUCCUCACACAUCAGAAAUCACGAAAUCGUGUUUUAUUGACAUAGCUCGCAAGAAAUUUGAACUCUAUAAAAGAGUGUUCCUUUCUGUGCGUGGGAAUCCAAAGGAAAAACUCACCACGUUGCUUUUCUUACGUGAGCUAGACUCACUGCACGGACAUGAAGACAUGACAGCAACAUGAACAUGAACAUUUAGUGUGGUCAGUAUAACACGAGAUGAAUUUGGACAGUAGCCUCCUUACAUUCGAUUAUCAGAUUGAUGUGUCUAGAAUACUAAGAUAAAUGAGUGACUAGAAUCUUUCGGUGUAAUUACUAGUUUGUAAUGGAUAUUGUAUGCUCUGUAGGUAGGAGUGCAUGUUUGUUAAUUCAUGAGAAUAUGCCACAGUGACAAUCAUCCACUUUCAGUAUUCUUGUUUUCGAGAGUAAAUGCGUAUGAUUAUUUCACAUGUGCGUGCGUCUGUUUGUGUGCAUA